AUGAAUUUCCUAUCGCAGACCAAGCGUUCAAUUUCUAAAAGUAAAAGACGAUAUCUCUCUUUAAUUGAGAAUUUUGGUCUCGAUUUGGCGAUUUUUACAAGAGUUCAAGACUUCAGAAUUGGAGUUCAAAGUUUGCUUCAGGCUUCUAGAGGUUUACUUUUCUCUUUCAGUAUGCCCAAAUUUUUUGAGUUCUUGGUCGGCUUCGCAGUUAUAAAUCGAAAAUUCCUGGAGACUUAGAGUUCGAAUUAUAAGGAUUUUUUAUUUCAUUGCCUUCUUGGUAAAUGUUAUAUAUAUAUAUAUAUAU